AAAGGGAUAUGAGGAAAUAUGUAGAUGGACAUGACGCGAACAUGUUGAAAGAGCUUUUUGAGACUGAAAAAGAAAAGAAUCCAGGUUUUACGUAUACAAUAGAGGAAGAUGAUGAGCACAGGCUGACCCAUUGUUUUUGGGCCGAUGCGACCUCUAGGAAGUCAUACCAGUAUUUCGGGGACGUGGUGGUAUUCGAUACUACAUACAACACGAACAAAUAUUGCUUGAUGUUUGCACCUUUAUUAGGGGUUAACCACCACGGGCAGACAACGCUUUUUGGGUGUGCCUUUUUAAGUGACGAAAAAAAUGAAUCUUUUGAGUGGCUUUUCAAGGAAUUUUUGAAAGCGAUGCCUGGACCACCACCCAAAAUGAUCAUAACUGAUCAAGAUCCGGCAAUGACAAAAGCAAUUGCUUGUGCUCUUCCCAAUACGUUUCAUAGAUAUUGCAUUUGGCACAUUGUUAGUAAAUUUUCUGAAAAAAUAGGUGCAUUGGCAUACAAAGAACAUUAUGAAGAGUUCAAGAAAUGUAUUUGGAAUUCCGAGAGUCCUGAAGAGUUUGACGCAACAUGGGCAUAUAUUGUAGGAAAAUCGAACUUGUCCACCCAUCAAUGGUUGCAGUCCAUGUUCGAAAUUCGUGACAGAUGGGUUCCUGCAUAUACGAGGCACAUUUUCUCUGCCCACAUGACAAGUAGUCAAAGGGCUGAAAUUUCUCAUGCAUUCUUCAAGAGGUAUAUAUCUGACAAAAAUUCAAUGUAUGAAUUUGUGACACGGUUCGAUAGGGCACUUGCACGUCUACGACAUAAUGAAUUAGAUUUGGACCACAAAGAUAUAAAUGAGAAGCCAGUCUUGAAAACCUCAUGGUUGAUGGAAAAGAAAAUGAGUGAAUUAUAUACACUCCAUUCAUUUAAGAGAUUUCAAGAGGAAAUAUUUCAGAUUGGUGCAUAUGUGCUUACAAUACUACAUGAGGAUGAACGUCGCUGUGUGUGGAAGGUUCAGAGGGAAGAAAUGCAAUGUUCAAGAGGUCGUGAGGUGUCGAUAGACAAGUCAUCGAACUAUGUGAGGUGUAGUUGUCAAAUGUUUGAAUUUGACGGAAUUCCAUGUCGGCACUUGUUGGCGUACUUGUCUUUAAUACAGAUUAGGGAACUCCCUACCACAUACAUUUUGCAACGGUGGACUAAAACUGCAAAAGCAGGCAAAGUUUUUGAUGACUUGGGCAGUCAUCAAAAAGAAAUAUGUGGCAGUUCACUUUUGGUGAGGCGACAGGGUAUCUUUCAACUUGGUUCUACAGUUCUUGAUUACGCUGUAUUAGAUGAAGAAGGAACUGAAAUUGUGCGAGAAGCGUUGCUAUCUAGUCAAGAGAAGAUUACAUUCAUGAGGGGUUCUCGCAAAGAUGGUUCAACGAGUUCUAUCCAAUUGCCUAUUUCUCUCGGAAGCCAACAUGGUUUGAAAGAACCGCUGAAAGUUAGGACAAAGGGUUGUGGUAAGCGUUUGAAAGGAGGAAAAGAGAAGGCCGUGAAGAAAAGUAGGAAAUGUCCUGGGUGUGGGUUAUUGGGGCAAUCGCAUGACAAAAGAAAUUGUCCGAAGCUUAUGAACAUGUCUUCAGAAGAUGCUAGAUUGUGUGAUGACGACGACGACGACGAUGACUUUGACGAUGAAUACUCUAAAAAUGGUGCUAUAAGGUGUGGUAAACUGGUAUUCAAAGGGUUCAGUUGGGAUGGAGAAGUUAUCAAGACUGAAUUGGGGUGCAACAAGAUGCUACGGCUGGUUUUGGUUCUGCAACAAGGUGCUGCAGCUGUAGAGGUUUACAGUGCUGAAAUUGGGGUGCCACUUAAUUGA